AUGCCUAGGGCAAGAAAGAAGUUAGGGUCAGACAAAGAAGUGGAAGUGCAGCCCAGAAGGUCAAAAAGGUCUGUCAAGCAAAAACCUAUACAAGUCAUAAACCUAACAGAUGAUGAAGAUGAAGAUACAAUAGAGACCAUAGAAACCAUAGAAGAUGAACCAAAACCGAAGAAGCAGAAAAUAUCAGCACUUAGAAAUAGGAUACGAUCAUUCUCCGCAACUCCACAAACAACAAGAUCACCAACACCAGAUCCAGUACCCAAAUCAGAUCUACAACCAUUAGAAGAUGACAAAGAUCAAUGGGUACAUAAAUAUACUCCAAAAACCGUAAAUCAAGUUGCUUUACAUAACAAGAAGCUAAAAGAGGUGAAGGAAGAUAUAGAGCAGAUGGUCAAGGGAAGCUCUGAUCUGAGAUUACUGGUGCUAAGUGGACCUGCUGGUGCCUCUAAAAGUACGAUUGCCUCAUGUCUUGGGAAAGAAUUAGUCCCAGAAGUACGACAUUCUUCAAAAGAUCAAAAUAACGAUUAUGUACUUGAAUAUACUAAUGAUAAUGCUUCGGGGUCAUCGAUAACACAAUUCAGUGAGUUUCUCAUGUCUGCAAAAUAUAGAAUGGGUAAAAAUUUAUCAUUAAUACUCGUUGAAGAUUUACCAAAUGUUUUUCAUGAAGCUACAAGGGAAGAUUUCCAGAAAUCACUUUUUCAUUGGAUUCAUAACGAUCUUAGAACACCACCGCUGAUUAUUUGUAUUACUGAGUGUGAAUUUUCUAAUGAUGGUAAUGCAAGCCAAGGUUAUAAUAUUGAUAAUAAUUAUACAGCUGAAACCAUAUUAGGUCGAAAGCUCUUGAUGAAUCCAAGAGUCAAAAGAAUAAAAUUCAAUCCUGUCAAUACAUUACUAACUAAAAGAGUACUUAAGGAUAUUAAAUCACAUGAGCCAUCGAUUUUCAAAAGUAUUGGUAAAUCAGAGAUUGAUGAGAAAAUCAAAGAACUAAGUGAAUUCGGUGAUAUUAGAUCGUCCAUAUCAGCUUUUCAAUUCUGGGCAGAAUGGAAAUUCAAUCAUCCAGGUCUAGGAAAAGAUAUGUUACAUAUUGGUAAAGAAUCUAGUGUAUCAUUGUUUCAUGCUAUUGGUAAAUGUUUGUUUGGUUCUAAAAAUGAAGGUGAAGAUGAUCUGGCUGCCAUGGAUAAAGUUAUGAAAAAUUUUGCAUCAAAACCAACAAUACUAAAACUUGGUUUACUAGAGAAUUAUUCCAAAUUCAAUAAAUCUGAUUUUGGUUUAGAAACAGCUGCUAAUAUUUCUGAUGGUCUGAGUUUAUCUGAUUUAUUUGGUUCACAAGAUACAUCAUUAGAGAUUGCCACUAGAAGUACAAGAACACAUUUUAGAAUCUUGGACUCGACUGAAAGCUCUAAUACACAUGCAGCAACAACCUUUCCAAGGGAAUGGAAAGCAAAUAAAAGUAUAGCUAAUAUUAAAUCGGAUAUACAAAAAUACAUAGAAACGGAAUUCAAAAAAAGACAAGCACAUAGAUCAUUUCAAGAUUCUAAUCUAUUUUAUGGAUUUUAUGAACCAAUUAUUAACAAACAACGUGGCUUCAAGAACAAAUCUAUGCUUCAUUAUUUAAAGUAUUCUGGUAAACCAAUUCCCAAAGAGCUUCAAGUCAACAACAAGUUGCAAAAUACCGUUAUUUCGGAAAGGCUUGGUGGUCCAUUUAGGGAAAUUUUUGGAGAUGGUGAUAUUGUCCCAGAUGAAGAAGUUCGUGAUCUAUAUUUCCAGGUAAAUCAAGAUGUAAACAAUGAUUCAUCGUCAUCAGAAGGGGGUGAUUCUGAAUUCGACGAUGAUCCAAUUGCAGAUAGUGAUGAUGAAACAACUGAAGAUUUUGGCCAAGAUGAUACAUUCGAAAAAGAACUGGUUAGUUUAUCCCAAAAGCCAAAUUUAGUUUCACUGAACUCAACAUUAUCCAUUAAAUCACAAAGAAAUGCUGAAUUUUUGGAUGAUUUUGAACAAGAUGAUGACUUUGAUGAUUCGGAUUUCUAA